AUGUGCGGCUGGCAAGAAAGGCGAUUCCGGGUGCUGACGGGUGGACCGGCCAUCGUCUCGUCAUCUCCACGAUACGGAUUCGUCUGCGGCCUCACAGGAGACCUCAAGGUAAGCGACCCCCAGGUAAGCUGAAUACUGCCCUAUUGUCUUUGCCUGCAAAUGCAGGACACAGUCCAGCCGACAGCGCCGGCAGUUCUUUUUCGCGCACGCCGCCCACAUCAGGACUGGUUCGAUGACGCCGACGCCCCCAUCAGCAAACUGCUUUCUGAGGAGAACCACCUGCGCAAGACCUACCUCAAUCGCCCAAUCGACGACAAUAAAGCAGCCUUCUACCGUCGUCGCCGUCUUGUAUAA